AUGUGGUCUCGAUUCCUAAGUGCUUGUGCCGUAGCAGCACCGCUGGUGUCGGCGCAAUCUGACAUACCCAUCUCGGGAUCUCUGCAAAAGAUCUUGGAUGGUGCCGACUCCAAUCCGGCAUACAAGUAUCCGACCCAAUUGACCCAGGGCAUCAUUCCCAAGCCCGUCCACAGCCACAACGAUUACUGGCGGCCGGUGCCCUUCUACAGCGCUCUGGCCAUUGGUGCCGUGAGCACCGAGGCCGAUGUCUGGCUGUACAAUGAGACGCUCUAUGUCGGACACGAGCAGAGCGCGCUGAGCGAGGAGCGGACGCUGGACUCUCUGUAUAUCCAGCCGAUCCUCAGUGUGCUGCGUGCCGAGAAUCCCGACAGCGCCUUCGUUAGCGGACCCACCAAGAACGGCGUCUUUGACACUUCCUCGUCCCAGACGCUCUACUUCUUUAUUGAUCUCAAGACCGAUGGAGCGACUACCUGGCCCUAUGUCAUCGAGGCCCUGGCACCGCUCCGCGACGCUGGUUAUUUGACCACCUACAACGGCUCAGCCGUCGUCAGCGGCCCCGUGACCGUCAUUGGCACCGGCAACACCCCGCUGGACCUGGUCCAGGGUGUCGAGCCCCGGGACUACUUUUAUGACGGUCCAUUGGCGGAUCUCGCCACCGACAACAUCACCAAGGAAGUCUCCCCAAUUGCCAGCACCGACUUUGCCGUGCAGUUUGGAGAGGUACGGAAUCAGGAGUUCAACAGCACCCAGCUGGAACUGCUUGACGCCCAGGUUGCGGCGGCGCACGCCAAGGGAAUUGCCGUGAGAUACUGGGAUUUGCCAGGUUUCCCUGUAGGCACCCGCAAUGCUGUGUGGAGGACCUUGUGGAACGCCGGAGUCGAUCUGCUCAAUGUGGAUGACCUUGAGGCUGUUGCCAACUUCUGGGAAGGCUCCGGAUAG